AUGGCCCAGAGCGUGGUCUACGCCGACUUGAAGUUUGCCACAGCCCCGCCCGUCACGGUCCCCACCUGCCCCGCAGCCCCCGAUGAGGACGACAGCCCCUAUGAGAACGUGCCGCUGGGGAUGGUGACUGCAGCGCCCAGCCCAGGGCGCUGGCACCGGCGUUGGCGCAUCCCUGCACGGCUGCUGGCAGCCAGCCUGCUGCUGCUGCUGCUGCUGGUGGCCACUGUGGCCCUGGGGGCUUGCUACUGGCAGGUCACCCGCAGCCUGCAGGAUGCCUCCCGUGAGCAUGCGGCCGAGCAGGGCCGCCUCUCGCAGGAGGUGAGCGCACGGGAGCAGAGCCUGGAGCGGACGCGGCUGGAGCUGGCGUGGGCCAGAGCGGAGCUGCAGCGAGCCUGGCGGGAGGGCAACAGCAGCCAGCUGGAGCUGGGGAGCCUGAACGCCGAGCUGGGGCGCGCCAGGCAGGAGCUGGCUGUGCUGGAGCAGGAGGUGCAGGAGGUGCGGGGGGAGCUCAGGGCCAGCGAGAGCUCCGUCAGCAGCCUGCGCGCCUGCGUGAAUACAGAUUGCUGCCCCUCGGGCUGGGUGCUCUACAGGAGCAGGUGCCUCUUCAUCUCGGUGGAGAAGAAGACCUGGUGGGAGAGCUAUUACGACUGCAUGACGAAAUCCGCUCGGCUGCUGGUCCAAGGCGACUGGCUGUCGUGGACGGUGCCGCAUUUUGUGCAGGUGCAUGGUGCCACGUACUGAAUCGGAG